AUGGAUGAAACUACUAUUCAUAUAUCUUUUCUCUAGUUUUUGAGGCAAUACCUACUUCAUUACCAUUACUUUUUAAAAUGACUGCGUUUGAAGAGUUCGGUGUAUUACCCGAACUGGGAAAAGCAAUAGAAGAAAUGGAUUGGACGUUACCCACUGAUGUCCAAGCUGAAGCCAUACCGUUGAUUCUCGGUGGAGGAGACGUGCUUAUGGCAGCCGAAACUGGCAGUGGUAAAACAGGUGCUUUUUGUUUGCCAAUUCUGCAAAUUGUUUGGGAAACUCUUAAGGACAUUCAAGAAGGGAAGACGAGUAAAGUUAUAGCACAGACAUCUUCAGAAUGGACGAUGUCGUUCUUUGACCGUACAGAUGCAUUGGCUGUUACUCCUGAUGGUUUGCGUUGUCAAUCUCGUGACCAGCAGGCCUGGCACGGUUGCCGUGCCACUAAAGGUGUGCACACUAAAGGAAACUAUUAUUACGAAGCCACUGUUACUGAUGAAGGCUUAUGUCGAGUAGGAUGGUCAACUCAAGCUGCUCGGUUGGAUCUUGGUACAGACAGGUUAGGUUUUGGCUUUGGAGGGACAGGCAAGAAAUCAAAUGCUAAACAGUUUGAUGAUUAUGGUACUGCUUUUGGGAAAAAUGAUGUUAUAGGUUGUCUUCUUAGCUUGACAAAUGGUGAAAUUCGUUAUACAAAAAAUGGUGAAGAUUUAGGAGUUGCAUUUAAAUUAGAUCAGUCAAGACGAUUAGACUGCUAUUUCCCAGCUGUUGUACUCAAAAAUGCCGAAAUGAGUUUUAACUUUGGAGCGCAGCCAUUCAAGCAUUCACCACCAAAAGAUUACAUUGCAAUUUGUCAGGCUCCCAAGGAAUUUGUAAAGCAUAAUGUUGUGGCUGCCGGUGCUGCUGCUGACAAUAAACCAGUCAAUAAUGCUCCACAAGCUAUCAUAAUUGAGCCAUCACGUGAAUUGGCUGAGCAGACAUGCACACAAAUCACAAAAUUCAAAAAAUAUCUUGAGAAUCCCACAGUACGUGAGUUAUUGGUAGUGGGAGGUGUCAAUGUUAAAGACCAGAUAAAUCAGCUUUCUGCAGGCAUUGAUAUUGUGGUUGGAACACCAGGACGUCUUGAAGAUUUGAUUCAAGGAGGCUACUUAGCGCUGACCCACUGCAGAUUCUUUGUGUUGGAUGAAGCAGAUGGCCUACUUAAGGCAGGUUAUGGUGAACUCAUUGAAAGAUUACACAGACAGAUCCCAAAAAUAACCUCAGACGGUCGUCGCUUACAGAUGGUUGUUUGUUCUGCUACUCUGCAUGCAUUUGAAGUAAAGAAAAUGGCUGAAAAACUUAUGCAUUUCCCAACGUGGGUGGAUUUGAAAGGUGAAGAUGCAGUGCCUGAAACUGUUCAUCAUGUUGUGGUCAUGGUAGACCCUCAAAAGGACCGUCAGUGGGAAACAUUGCGCAGGCACGUCCAGACAGAUGGUGUACAUGCUAAAGAUAAUAUUCGUAGUGGCAAUACCACGCCAGAGACUCUUUCUGAAGCUGUUAAGAUUCUCAAAGGAGAGUAUUGUAUACGUGCCAUCAGGGAACACAAUAUGGAUAGGGCUAUAAUCUUCUGCCGCACUAAACUAGACUGUGAUAACUUGGAGCGUUACUUCAAAUCCUUUGGCAAGGAGUUCCCGUGCGUUUGCUUGCACGGUGACCGCAAGCCGGCUGAGCGCAAAAGCAAUUUGGAGCAGUUCAAGCAAGCGAAAGUGAAAUUUUUAAUCUGUACCGAUGUCGCUGCUAGGGGCAUCGAUAUAUCCGGAUUGCCUUUCAUGAUCAAUGUGACGCUUCCGGACGAGAAAUCGAAUUAUGUGCACCGCAUCGGUCGAGUGGGACGCGCGGAACGCAUGGGUCUAGCUAUCAGUCUAGUAUCAUCCGUGCCUGAAAAGGUGUGGUACCAUGGUGAAUGGUGUUCUACACGCGGCCGUAACUGUUGGAACACGAAUCUCAUUGAUGACCGACCCAAGGGUUGUUGCAUGUGGUACAACGAACCUCAGUAUUUGGCGGACAUAGAGGACCAUUUGAACAUUACUAUUCAACAAAUUGAGCCAGACAUGAAGGUUCCCAGUAACGAGUUCGAUGGUAAAGUGGUCUACGGUGAGAAGAGAAAGCAAGUCGGAACUGGAUAUCAGUUUUUUAAUGACUCUGAAAUAAGAAGAAAAACUAAAGUUACAGUUAUAAUAACACGUAUAGAUCAUUUAAAGUAGGUCUGGACAACAAAUGGAGCAAACAAGUAACUUUAUGGUAACCAAGAGAGGACACUAGAAGAAAGGGGCGUCCAAAAAUAAGAUGGAAUGACGAUAUCCACCUAACCUUGGGACCUUAUUGGACCAGAGUAGCAGAAGAUAGUUUAGUGGAGAGAGCUGGAGGAGGCCUAUACCAGGAGGCACACCGAAUUGCGAGACAUACUAUAACUAAACAAACCCUGAAAAAUUGUAUCUUCAAAGUUGUAGCAAGUUCGGAAGAAUGGGCCUUAAUUUUAUAUUAUUACUAGCUGACCCGACAGACUUCGUCCUGUCAAAAAGAUUUGUAAUGUGGCAGUUUUUUUGCCUACGUAUUUAAAAAAAUUCUCCUGAACAGAACCGUCACCCUGGUGAUAGGGCGUUGUGAAUAAAAAAUAAUUAAAUAAAACAUAUAUAAGGAUUUAAAAGAUCACGUUAGCCAAAUGGCGCCGGUUGUACGAUCACUGCAGGAACUAGAGUCGCAAGCGCAACUGUAUUAUCUCAAAAUGCAUCAUAAUGUUACUAUAGCGUAAAUUUUUGCAAACAAUAUUUAUUACAAUUAUUUAAGAAACUUGAAAUAAAUAUUUCAAUGUAUCAGU